GCACAAAGGAAGGAAAAGGGGAGGAGAACAGCCACCAGUUUUCUUUAAGAAAAGAUAAAUAAGUAAUAAGAGUGCUGCUCAUCUCUUAAAAGCAAUCUAUUUCCAUACAUAUUUUCUUCAAUGGCUGCUGAGAAGGUGCUGAGAUAUAAUUAAAAUCACAAGAUCUAACUUUGGUAAAAUGUUAUCAAAGAACUUAUAAGCAGUUUGCAUGUUUGUAUGCAAGGAUGUGGAAAUUCAACCGUUGCAGCCAGGCCUGGAAAUCCCAAAUCUACAAGACCAAAUAAAACAAACUGAUCCCCCCACUCCUUUUCAUCAUCUUUUUGAGAAUUGUCCCACCAUCUGGUGACAGUUAAAGCCCUAUCUGAGAUCUUGCUGCAAGCUCUCAUUUCUUUUGAACCACUUUCAAGAAAAAGAAAAAAAGAACAAGAAGUUCUUUCAUGUGAAAAAGACAAGACUGCUGUGACCUUGAUAAUAGUUCAUAGCAGACACACUUAAGUGAUGACUUGUGUGAAGACAGAGUUAUUUUUCCCUUCAAGGGUAUGACGGAGUGAAACACAUUACCAAUCAAGUAAGAGCACAAGCACUUAGUAAACACUCAGACCACAUUGUACUCUAUAAACUAGUAUCCAUCAUUCUGGGUGUAGUAGAACCUUAAGACAGGAGUCUGAAAAAUAAGCGAAGUUUGGGGAAAAUGGCCUGUGAAUUUAAUCUAAACUUCCUUAAGGAAUUGGAGCGAGAGGCUGUUCUACAAGUCCUGUACCGUGACCAGAUGGUGAGAAAAAUAGAGGAAGAAAGAAUAAGGAAACUGAAACUGCAGCUGCAGCAGCUUCGGUGGAAAGGGGCAAGAAAUGCAAGCCAUGAAUACCGGGAGAGAUCUUGUGCUCGCUGUCAGAAAUCGCUUGGAUUGUUGAUAAACAGAGGUGCAGUAUGCAAUGGGUGCAGCCACCGAGUGUGCUCCGAAUGCCGCAUCUGCCUGAAUCCCUGCCUUUGGAAAUGCACUGUUUGUUAUGCUCAUGGAGAUGUGAAAGUAAAGACCGGUGAAUGGUUUUUUGAGGAACGGGCAAAGAAAUACCCAGGGGAAGGCAGACAUGAAACAGUUGGUGCAAAGAUCUUGAAGUCUUAUCAGGAGCUGAGUAAAAUUUCUGUUGUGCCUCCAACUCCGCCUCCUUUCACAGAAUCCACAGCAGGAAGCAACGUGACGGAACUCAGACAGUCUAAAAGUUUUAAUAAAUCCGUGGAAAACUUGUUUUUGUCUCUCACAACACAUAUAAAAAAAAUUUCUAAGUCCCAGAAUGACAUGGCUGACAGAUGCCUCCUAACCACAGAUUAUGGGCAGAAUGUGGAAAGAAGGAAGCAAAGGAGGAGCCAGUCUGACACUGCCAUCAACAUUACAAGCAGGAUUAAAAGUACACCCAGUCUUCAACAGUUCAUCGCUGGUGCCCAAAAUGAUAGUGAUAUUCUGACCAAAAGGAACUGCAAGGAGGAAGAAGACAUAAUAACCAGUCCCACAAGUGAUGCGGUUUUCUGUGAUGGUGGAAAACAUGGGAGUCUGUAUAGCCUUAACAGCACUUGCACCGAGUCUGGCAAUUUUGGCAAGGCUAGUGUCACAGGAGAAAUAGAGUUUGCCAUAAGAUAUGUCUUCAAACCGUGCAUCUUAGAAAUUUGCAUCAAGGGAUGCAGGAACCUGGCUUAUGGAGACGAGAAGAAGAAAAAGUGUAACCCGUAUGUUAAAGUUUAUUUACUUCCUGAUAAAUCUCCUCGGAGUAAGCGGAAGACAGCUGUCAAAAAGAGCACAGUGGACCCAGAAUUCGAUGAGACUUUGAAGUACAAGAUUGAAUACUCACAGCUGGGAAGUCGGCAGCUUCAGAUCUCUGUGUGGCAUGCAGGAGCACUCAAAUACAGGGUGUUUUUGGGGGAAGUGGUGAUUCCACUGGCAACAUGGAAUUUCGAAGAUAACUCGAUGCAGUUUUUCAACUGGUACCAGCUCAAACCCAAGCUUGAAAAGCCUGAAGAUGAUCUUAUCCAGUACAGUGGAGAACUCCUCGUGUCUGCAAGACUGUCAGUACCAGCCCAGUAUAAAAAUGUCCAGCUUGAAGGAAAAAAAGAGCAAGGAGUUCCCAACUGCCAGCUUCAGGUUAUGAUAUUUGGGGCAAAGAACUUGCCCAUGCUGAGAUCUACUGGAAUGCCAAACUCAUUUGUUAAAGGUUGUCUUAUCCUUCCAGACCAAGUGGAGGUAAAGCGCAAGUCUCCUGUCCUGAAGAAAGAAACCUGUCCCCAGUGGAAACACUUGUUUGUCUUUGAUGGUGUUACCCCAGCUCAGCUACAGCAAUCAUGUCUACACUUGACUGUCUGGGACCAGUCAGCUUUCAGCUCAAGUGAUCAGUUUCUAGGAGGAGCCAAGCUUGGUGCAAAGGAAUCAUUUGGCUCUACAGACCUUGUUUCUCAGUCUGUGCUCCAAUGGCAGGAGAUGCUCCACAGCCCAAACACAUGGAUGGACUUUACGCUUGUACUGCAUUCAAGUCUGGGGAAAGGUACACUGCAACAGUACCUGCUCCAUCUUUUGAGGAACAGACUUUGUUACCUGUGUCUGUAGAUGGAGUUUAACGUAUUGUUUCUUCAGGAGUGACAAACUCAGUCUGAAAUGCCGACAAGGCGACACCAGCCAGAUGAUACGCAGCUUUUUCCAUUUCUGGGCACUGCAGAACAGUAAUUUAAUCCCAGGAAUACUUCUUAGAAAAAAUAACUGUUACCUUAAGAAAGUUAACAUGCUUUUGUUCUGAUUGUGAUUUUUUUUUUUUUUUAUACAUGUUCAGAGAGAAUUAAAAACUAGCUUAUCUUUAACUACUUGCUGCAUGUGAGUGAUGCUAACAUGUCUGUGCUUCAGAAUUAUCUACAGUGCCACUUUUACUUCACAUUACCCUAAGAACCUCUGGCCACAUGCCUUACAAAUGUGAGCUGUAUCACAGUGCCUAAAACCUGUUAAAAUGUGUAAAUUCUUCCUCAGCAGGAGGAGUGAGGGACCUUUCCAGGUCAGUGUGGCUUUUAAGGAUCUCUGCAUCUCAAACUCUUAAGUCCUUAUGCUAAGCUCAGGAACUAAAAGUGCAGUAGCACACCUAACGCAAAAUGCACCCUGCACAAGAAACACUUGACUCCAAGUCCUUUGUUACUUUGCAGAUCUUUUAUUUAGAUGUUUGCUGCUGCAAAUUAAAAAACCACACAAGAUUCAACUCAAGUAUCAAGCAGCAUAGGUGUUGUAAAUGGAAGAGAAGAGCUGACAACAUAGUGUAUCUCACUUUCUAACAGAUUUUCAAGGAAGUGGGGAAGGAAUGGUCACAAAAAUGCUCUCUGCUAGAGAGAAUACAACUGUGAUAUAAACAAGCAGUCCCUUCAUUUUUGGAGUCUGAAACUUUAAAUCAAACGUUUAAAAAAAUUAGAAAAUUUGUUAGAAAAAUAGGUGCAGUAAAAUUGUAUAUAUUGGAUCAUGUGUACAUAUAACAAUUUUUAUUAAGUAAAAAAUGAUCUUUACAAAUAAUGCUUUAGAGCAAAUAAUCAGCUGCACUGUAUCAGACUACAGUGGUGUUUAGGCAUUUUUACAGAUGCAAGUCUUAUUAAAUCUGAAAAGUAACAAAAUAUACAGAACAAAA